AUGAAAAUAUAUUUUGAGGAGUUAAAAAUGAAAGAGGACGAUGAACCGAUGAUAAAUUUAUUGUCAAGUGAUGGUCAUAUAGUAAGUGUUCCGAAGUAUGUAGCAACAGUGUCGCAAACAAUAGCACAGCUAUUCGAAAGAGUCUCAGUGUCGCGUGAGGAUCACACGCCGAUACCGCUCUAUGAAGUUGAUUACAAUUCGUUGAAGAAGAUUGUUGCAUGGAUGAUACAGCAUUCACAAUCGUCAUCCCAGAUUAAUGACAAUGCAUCUCACGAAGCCAGGCAUGAUGGGAAGGCGAAUUGUAUUCGUGACUGGGAAAGGGUGCAAUUCGAAUGCGAAGAACGUAACGAUUUGUUUCGACUCAUGAACGCAGCAAACUAUCUUGAUAUACAACCAUUAACUAAAGCCACAUCUGCAUUCGUUGCCGAGAAACUACAAUCUAUGACUGUAGAUGAAGCACGAGAUUAUCUGAAUUUGGUUGACGAUUUCACACCUGAAGAACGAGAACGAAUCAGAAAAGAAACAAUGUGGGCCGAACCAGUAAUGAAUCCUUGA